GUUUGCUUUCUACAUUUGUGAGUACAUUAAUAUCUUUUGAUAUGCUAUAAUAUUCUGCAGAAAACAGCCAAAUUAUUUGCACAGUAAAAUCUUAGGUCUGAAAUAAUACUAGGAUCUGCUAAUUUGUCCCAACUUAAUAGCUAAAAUCAAAUGCAUGUAUUCAGUCGGCCUUAUGCAAAAUUGUCACAUCUUGAAAAGCGAAUCUUGUACCACUAAGCUUCUACAUAUCUUAAUCUAAAACCAACAUAUUGACACAAGUGAUUUCUAAUAAUUUUAAAACUUUGGUUCAGUUUUUGAUAUGUAUGCUGCCUGCUGAUAUGGGAAAAGAAAGACCAAGCCCUUCCCCACCCCCACCUUGUUAUUCUCUUGGGGACAGCCAGACCACUCCAGAUGGUGUGUUAGUGUAGGACAUAGCUUUGGAGAAACUUCCAACAGACGAAGGCUGUAAUGUCAGGAUUUUGCUGUGCGUCGUCCCCCUUUCCCCCCCUGCAGUUCCCAGGGUAGGAAGGUGCUGAGAUGGAAGCCGAGGGACGCCCGCCCACCUGCCACCACCUGUUCCCUCCUUCAGCCUUCUGCUAUAAAUUCUCCUUCAAAGAUUCACCCGGCACUUUUCCGACAACUACUGCGGAAGAGGCGCUCCUUUCCUAUCUAAGCUUCGGGAAAGAUUUCGUCUUCCGGAAAAGAAGUCUUGGGCUUUCCCGGAGGACUUGAGAGACCUUCCGCGAAUCAGCCACACCAAUUCUGCUGCAAGAAGGUUCCCUUCUCACAUCAGUUUCAUGUUGGGAAAAUGACUUCUCUUCAGCAUCCCAAUUUCCCCUAAAUUUUGGCAAGUGAAGACAUCAGUCUGGCUAUCCAGUAGGACAAAGGGCGGAGCCCCGCACUCCCCACUGCAGACUUAGAUUCCACGCGGGCUGCUUUUUGCAUGACUUAUUUGUUAAGAGGAACCAAGUUGCGGAGCGACUGCAUACACCAACCCACACGCAGGUCCUGAGCUGACAAGUGAGAUCUGCGCCUCCCUCCUUCCGGCGGGGAAUGAAGUCGUGCAAACCCUGCAAUCCCCCGGCGGCGGCGGGAGCGCGUGCCGCGCCCCCGUGCACGGGUGGCGCAGCCGAAUGCGCGGGCACGUGCGCAGGGGCUGGGCGGCUGGAGAGUGCGGCGCGCAGGCGCCUAGCGGCCAACGCGCGCGAGCGCCGCCGCAUGCAGGGUCUCAACACGGCCUUCGACCGCCUGCGCAGGGUGGUACCCCAGUGGGGCCAGGAUAAAAAGCUGUCCAAGUACGAGACCCUGCAGAUGGCGCUGAGCUACAUCAUGGCUCUGACCCGCAUCCUGGCUGAGGCCGAGCGAUUCGGCUCGGAGCGGGACUGGGUCAAUCUCCAUUGUGAGCACUUCGGUCGAGACCACUACCUUCCGUUCGCGGGCGCGAAGCUGCCAGGCGAGAGCGAGCCGUACGGCCAAAGGCUCUUCGGCUUCCAGCCCGAGUCCUUCCAGAUGGCCAGUUAGGGCGCAGCCUCGCGGGAAUGGGACUCUCAAUGACUGCGCUCCGGAGAUACAGCCUUUUCCCCCAAGAAGCCGCUCGGGCCUUCGGUGGGGCGUAGGAUGUAUUCUUAGAACAAAAUUAGCAAACUUCCAGGUUACUUUCAUUUGCAUCCUCGGUCUAAUGGACGCGAUGCCUUUUUUCCCUCCUUAGUAUGUUGUAGAUUUCAUUAAUGGAAUAGUUUUGAUUGUUGAGACUAAUGCCCCUCCCCCCUUUCCUGGACUACUUUGAGGGAAAACAAUCUAAAAAAAGAAGGAUUAGAUUAUACUGCAGGUUUAGUCCUCAGCGAAAUAAUCACUUUUAGAUUUUGUAAAUUUGUCCUCUUAGGGUGAAGUUACAAUAUCUAUUACUUGUGUUUGCUUAAUGCAGAGCUGCCUUCCUGUCUUGUAAGAGCAGUAUGCUUAGUGUAUUGUGUGUGUGUGUGUGCAUGAAGUAGUCAGACGUUUUUCUUACUUUUCUUCGUAGAGUACAUGGGCGUAAGUGCUCAGUAUUUUUUAAAAACUGUAUAUCCAUUAUUAAAGUAGAUUUUGUAAAAUAUAAUUAAAAACGUGGGUUUCUUUUUCAUGCCAAGUUUCCUGAUUUCACUAAGGGCCUGUUUGGGGGGUGAUAACAUUGAGUGCUUCCCUGAGUAAAGAUGCGGAGUGUUUAAAUCUAAUCCCACCGGUUGGCAAAAGUGCUGUUUUUGAAUACUUCAUCAAAAAACGACAAGCUGAUGAGAGUGGAAGUAAUUAGCUUGGAAGUUUUUCCCAUCAACUUGGAAAUAUAGAUAUAUUUUUCAUAGUUUUUCAAAAAGAUUAAUUUAAUUGAAAUAAUAUUUAGCUUUAAAGCAACUAGAUAUAUAGUUCCUCAAUAUUUUAUUUUCCAUAUUAAGCCAACUACUAACUACUAAUUCCUUACAGGUAUGCCCAUAUGUAUAUUUGUUCAUAUAUAUGUGGCUUUUGAAAGUGAUUUUCUCUUAAUCAGUACAAGUUGAACAAGAAGGGCUUUACUACCAUCCAGGCUCAUCUUUAACAGAGCAAUAUAAUACACAUGGUAUUGGUUUGAAUUACUUUUAUAAAUUUGCUUAAUCAUUGGAUGAAUAACCAAGCUCUUAAGGUAAAGGGUGACUUGGUGGUCAACAGCCCUGUGUGCGUUUGGGAGAAUACCUUGCUAGUAAUUAGAAAAAGCAGGCCUCUUAAAUUAUCUGUGUAUUUGGAACUUGUCACAAGUCAACAAAAACAAUAAUAACAUUUCCCAAACUCUUUUCAUAUAAGUUCAACACCUAACAUCAGGCACAGUCAUCUAUUUGCAAUUUACCUACAGAGUCUUCAUUAAAAUUUUUGCUUUUGUAGUUAUAUCUGAUUAUCAAAAUCCUUUUGGUUUGUAAUGAGUGAAAGUAUCUUCCCCAGCUCAUAAACUAAAACUUAUAAAAUCACAAGUGUAUCUUUAGAAAUCUGUUGAGAGGCUGAUGCUGAAUUUCCCGUUCCUUCUGAUUUCAGUUAAUAAGAAAUUGCGGUGGGCUCAGGACUUCGCUUCCUUAGUCCAAAUUAGAGAAUAAAAUGUUUAACCUCUUGACUUCAACAGCUCUUAGAAGAAACUGUAGUCCCAGAAGACAACAUAGCUCUAGGGAUGAGGAUAUCUAGACCUCUUUCUGGUCACACUUGACUCUGCAGUGUGAACUUAGGCUAUAACAAGGCUCAGGGCAUCUGCCUUACUCACUGUUUAAGGACAGUUGUCUACUUAUUUAGGCUUAAAAUGCUUCAUUAACUGCACAUUCGUGAGGAACCUGGUGCUAAUCUAUUCGUAGAUGACCUGCUUCUGCGUCAGGGUUUCAUACGUAGCAGAGCAGCUCCCUCGCUGCGAUCUAUUGAAAGUCAACAAAAGGGUUUGAGAAUAAUAACAACAAAAAAUGAAUAAAAAAACAAAAAACAAACAAAAAUGCUUCAUUAAUAACUCCAAUAAGUUUGUGGAGUUUGUAGAAUGAAUAAAAUCAGUGCUAAAAUAAAAUGUGUCAAUCAGAGAAGGUCU